ACAUGAGGAUAUUGACGCCGGUUUCAGCAAAAAAAGCAGAUUCCCUCCGUCGAAAUGACACAGAAACAAUUCCUGAGCUUUUGGAUCUAUUACCAAAUCCAAGCAAUUUAAUUUGGCAAUACGACAUUAGGAACUGGUUUGAACCAUUUAUUGCUGAUGUACGGAAACAUACCAAGCCAUUACAUUAUAAAUUUACAAUUGCUGAAGUAUCUAAUAAGAUUAAACUGUGUUACAAAUCCAAACAUGCUGGGCCUUGGAAGAUUUCAACAAGUGGAAUGUUCAUGUUUAACGAGAAAGGUGAAGUAUAAUUGCCAAAGGGUGUACCAAAAGUCUCCACGCCAGUUUUUUACAAAAUAUCUAUCGAAAAAAAUGAAAGUGGAAUUAAUGACUGGAAAUGUCUCUUCACGGAUCAAAUAGAACAUCACCAAUUUAAUUGGUGGAAGAGUCGGGUUAACUACAUGAAGAAAUUAAGAGAUGAUAAUCAAUUUCUGAAAAGUGAAAUCAUACAAAAGGCAGUUUGGUACUUUGAUAAAUUACCGAAAAUUAGAGUGACACCAGACUGUUCGGAUGAUAACAACCCACCAAAGGAAAUAGAGGACAUGGUAAAUCAAGAGCUUAUAGAAGACGAGAUACAGAUUACCCAGAAAAGAAAAAGAAAACAAACUGAACAAGACAAAACCAGACCUGAAUUGAAAAAGCAGAAGAAAGGCAAAAAAGGAAAUACGAAGAACAUGACUACUAGACGCACCAUAUAUAAUAGCUCAUAUGUAUAUGGCUAUAUAUGUCAAAAGAAACAGACAUUUUAUUUUAUCGCUAUUUUGUGCAUGUUUCCUUUGAUCUUUUUUGUGAUAAUUUUCAUAUCAUGUUUCUCGCUUGAGAUGGAAAAAGUAUUGCUAGAAACUAAGGAGGCCACGUGGCGUUGCUAAUGAAAUUGACAUUGAAAUUGACAACAUCGUCAUAGGUAAAAUAGCGAUAAACAGAUUAUCAUUGGUCAUCUCAACUCGAUUGCUUUCCUCACUUUCGCUGUUCCAGCUCAAGCGAGAAAAUCAAUCUCGUUGAGAUAAUCAACGAUAAUCUAUAACUAUAAUACAGGAACUAAUAGAACUCAUUUUCUUUUUUUGAUUUGAUUUGUUUUAUACAUGAGUUAUC